AUGUGGAAGAAACUGAAACAGCACAAAAUCAGUCAAAUAAUCGAUCAAACAGAAGCGACAGGCGGAGCAAUGGCACUGGUUUACGAUGAAGGAUGGGAAGGUAUCGAUUCAGUACUGAGAACGCCAGCCAUGGUAUCGGAACGUAGAGAACUGGAAGCAGCUCAUGAAUUUGUGCUCUAA